UGUUUGAUUUGCGGCACUGUGACCACAGUCAACCUUCCAUUUUAGUUGGAUGUUCAAGGGCAAAGAAAAGUUUCCAAAUGUUGUCGGCUAUUGCCCUAAGAUCAGGUGCUUUUAGCACGGUUGUUAGACCUCAAACAACACAAAGAAUUUUGGCAGUGAUACAAUGCCGACAUAAAAGUGAUGCCGUAAAGCAAAUUGAGAACUGGGAUAAAGCAAACAACAUUUUCUAUGGCCCUGAGAGAGACAUGAAGAACUUCCCACACCCGGUAAUGCCGGAGCACAGUGGUAAAGUCCGACUAGGAUUUAUCCCAGAUGAGUGGUUCCAGUUCUUCUACCCCAAAACCGGAGUCACAGGACCAUACUUAUUUACAACUGGACUGGUUGCCUAUCUCUUCUCCAAGGAAAUCUGGGUUGUAGAUACCCACUUUUCUGAAGUCAUAGGAUUCUACCUAGCCCUUUGGAUGCUUACUAAGAAACUAGGACCCAUGUUUGGAAAGUCUUUUGACGAAACAAAUGAGAAAAUUAAACAAACAGAUUUUAUGAAACCAAUUGAAUCUGCGAAGGAUAUGUACAAGCAGGAAAUUAAGGAUGCCGAGAAGGAAAUCUGGCAGCAGGAAGGCCAGAAAUAUAUCUUUCAGGCUAAGAAGGAAAAUGUGGACUUGCAGCUUGAAUCUUUGUAUCGUCAGAGACUGCAGACUGUGUAUACGGACGUAAAGAAACGACUGGAUUACCAGUUGGAGCUGCAGUCGGUGAAGAGAUCGUUUGAACAGGAUCACAUGGUACGCUGGAUCGUCAACAACGUCAUCAAGGGAAUAACGCCACAACAAGAGAAGGAGAGUAUUAGCAAGUGUAUAGGAAAUUUGAAGCAGAUGGCUAGUGCUUGAACUUGACAGUGUGAUGUGAUUUGUACAGAUAUACCGACAACUCUAGUGUGCUGCGAGCACAAUAGAUUAUUGUCAUCAUAGACAUUUUACUGACAACAUUAAGAUAAAUAAAUAUGUCCUUUCAG